CACGUUUCCCUCAGUAAAGUUUAUAAAAGUAAGGCUUGUGAGGUGUAAUUAAAGGACAGUUAAGUUGUAGAGUCAGAUCUGGUCCCUUGCGGCCUGAGAUGCCCUUUAACGUGCUGAAGGCCUCGGGUCGGUACCGGGCGCGCUUUAGGACCCAGCAGAGCAGCUCUCGUGGAAACAGCAUUACCAAUAUUAUGGAAGCGUUUACCUGCGCGCUGCCGAGGAUCAACCCUAGCCAUUUAAGCUAACAUAAGGCAUAUUGUAUCACUAUUGUAUAUAUGUUUUACUGUUCGUAGCUGUAUUGAGUGAACUCCAGAUAUCGCAGGAGCCUGCGGGUUGUAUCUCAGCUGCUGAUGGAGCACAUCCGAUUACCAAAGGUGGAGAAUGUCAAGCUGCUUGACAAAGUGUCCCCCAAGAGAAGUAAAGUGGGCACCCUCUACCUGACAGCCACUCACACCAUCUUUGUGGAGAAGGGGACUGGGGUGCGCAAUGAAACAUGGGUGCUUCACUGUUUGGUGUGCAGUUUAGAGAAACAAGGAGCCACAGACUCGGGAUGUCCUCUGCUCAUUCACUGUAAGAAUUUCCAGGUUCUUACUUUCGUCAUACCUCGAGAGCAGGAGUGCCAGGAUGUAUUCCUGUCCCUACAGCGCCUCUCCCAGCCAGAGAGUUAUGAGGAACUGUAUUGCUUCUCAUAUAAACCCAAUGUGGAUGAGGAGGAGAGAAGUCAGGAAUGGGACUUCUUGGACCUCAAGGCUGAUCACAGCAGAAUGGGACUCCCCAACUCCCUGUGGAAACUCUCCCCUGUCAACCAACAUUACAAGGUGAGUGACACGUACCCCCCUGAGCUGUUUGUGCCUGAGUCCGCCACACCUCCGGUCAUCGUCGGGAGCUCCAAGUUCAGAAGCAGAGGCAGAUUUCCCACUUUGUGCUACUACUCCAAAGACAACAAUGCUGCCAUCUGCCGUAGCAGCCAGCCCCUGUCAGGUUUCAGUGCUCGCUGCCUGGAGGAUGAACAGAUGCUGGAGGCCAUCUUGAGGUCCAAUCCCCGCAGCGACUUCAUGUAUGUGGUGGACACCAGGCCUAAGCUGAAUGCAAUCGCAAACCGAGCUGCAGGAAAAGGCUACGAAAAUGAAGACAACUAUUCCAACAUUAAAUUCCAGUUCAUUGGUAUCGAGAACAUCCAUGUCAUGAGAAACAGCCAGCAGAAAAUGCUUGAAGUGUGUGAGCUGCGCUCCCCCUCCAUGUCAGACUUCCUGGAAGGUCUGGAGAACUCAGGCUGGCUGAGGCACAUCAAAGCUGUUUUGGAUGCAGGCAUCUUCAUCGCUAAGGCCGUUGCACUGGAGGGUGUCAGUGUCCUUGUUCACUGUUCAGACGGUUGGGACCGCACUGCUCAGGUGUGCUCUGUGGCCUGUGUGCUGCUUGAUCCAUACUACAGGACCCUCAAAGGACUUAUGGUCCUCAUUGAGAAAGACUGGAUCUCAUUUGGACACAAGUUCUCUCACAGGUGCAACCACUUGAUGGGAGACCCUAAAGAGGUGUCCCCCAUCAUAGAUCAGUUCCUGGAGUGCGUGUGGCAGCUCAUGGAGCAGUUUCCCUGUGCCUUCGAGUUCAACGAGAGGUUCCUCAUCACCAUUCACAGCCACAUCCACUCCUGCCAGUUUGGCAACUUCAUUGGCAACAACCAGCGGGAGAGGAUAGAGCUGCGACUGCUUGAGAGAACUCACUCAUUGUGGAGUUAUCUGUGGACAAACCGAGCAGACUACAUCAACCCUCUGUACCGAGAAGACCACAGCCAGACACAGGGGCUACUUCGGCCAUCUACUGCCCCCUACUGCUUUAAGUUUUGGAGAGGGCUGUUCAACCGUUUUGACCGAGGGAUGCAUCCUCGACAGUCUGUUGAGGAUUACCUGAGUGCAAUCCAAGAGGAGACACAGCAGUUGGAGGAGCAGCUGGCUUCACACAAACAGAAAAUUGCUGAACUGGAGAAGGAUCAAGAGUGGAGGGGUGAAGUUCAGAAAACUGAGUCCUUUGAUAUGAGCCCCACAGCGUGGGCUGGUGGGAAUGACCUCUUUCUGGCUAACACCCCCCAGGACUACUUCACCAGCAGCCCUUUUCAGCGUAAAGCACCAGACAGCGGCCUGGUACUCCAAACCAAGGACUUGACCCAGACAUCUGAAUUCAACCUCUCCAAUGGCAGCGACCAGGAGUCUGGGAUUGCGGACCUGAGCCUUCGCUCGCCACUCAGCGAGGACAGUGCCAGGGAUCCAGACUCUGAUGAAGCCAUCAACUCAGCUGCCUGAGCUAAUGUAGCAUUUGGUGAAGGGUGCAACACCAACAAGCCAUCAACAGGGCCACCGAACAAACACUGCCUUUAUAUUCACCAAGUAACCCAGCUAUGGGCCAAGUGAGGUUACACAAUUGAUUUGCACUUUUGUUUGCAUGUGGGGUGGUGGACAUUUCCUGUUCUCAUGUACACUGUAGGGGUUAGUUAGCUGUGUGCUUGGUUUUUGCUAUGGUCUUUCACAUACUGUGUCUAUCAGAUGUUUUGUUUUAAAUGUAAAGACCAUAAGAAAACAGACAGGAAGUAGUCACCUGUACUGUUUAAUGUACCUGUGAGUUUUAACAGAGUUCCUUAUUAAUAUAUUGAAAUGCAGUAAUAUGAAAGAAAAACCAAAAUCAUUUUAUAAGAACAGAAAUUAAAACAGAACUCAUCAGAUGGGUCAGUGACAUGAUAAAACAAGAAUCUCUUUGCAAAUCAUAAAAAAUAAAUAAAUUAAAAGCAUAUUUAAAUUGUACGUCGUUAACAAGGAAAAGACGAGUUCACAAUAUAAUCUGUUAACACAAGCUGUUAUAAGCAUUCAGAAUAACUCAGCUAUGUAGCUGUGUCUCUAAAGAGUUAACUCCUUGAGUCCUUUGUCAUAAUUUGUUUGUUAACCCUAUAAACGUACUGUCGCAUCUUAUGGUCACUUUGGAGUAUCAAGAAGUAGCCUGUGAAAUCCAAAAUGUAGUUCAAGUCACAAUGUAGCAAUGUUUACGUCCCAAAGUACGUGUUUUGAUUUCCUCAAACCAAAAUUCUUACCAAAGGAGUGUAGCUGCCUGAUAGUACAAGAUGAGCACAGAGUUAAUGAGAAGUCUACUUGGUACUGAAGCAGCAAACUAGAGCAUGUGAACACUGGAACAACACUUUGAGUGUUGUGUCAUCUCAAUUCUAAAAUAGGUAUUUAAAGUGCUGCCUUUAUUAACCUAAAUGUAUUUGAUACACUCCAAUACUGCAAACGAACAAAGCAGAGAUUAUUAAGCUAAGCAUGGGAAAAUAUUUUUGUACGAUGACAUAUUUUUUGACUACUGUAAUCUUUCUUUAAUGCAUGUUUUAAUUUGUAUCAGGGAGUCUUAAUUGUGUGGUCAUAAGAGCUUCUGACCUUGCUUAAGAGAGCUUUAUAUUAUUGUCUAUUUGUUCUGGUGGAAUAAGAGCUAAAUAUGUCAAGUGGAUCAAAUAACAAAGUUAUGUUGUCUGUGUCAGUUAAAAUAAAUACAUAAUGAUUAAUAAUGUUGCUCAAACUGUUUAAGGGUGUGUACGAUAUUCUCAAAGAGUAUUGUGCAGUGAGGAUCAAAGUGUUUUACUUUAUUCCAUUUUAUUUUUUUUUUUCAAAAAUCUAGUCGUAUGAAUAGAACAAAAUAAAGAAUUGAAAGGUGU